AUGGAGGGCCUAAUGCAAAAGAUGAAAGUGGUGCUCGACAAGAUCACCACCGCCAGGGCACGGGUGGUUGCAGCUUCUAAGAGCCCUGCAUGGGUGAAACCGAGGUUCCUGACGCACAUAAUGGGCCCGGUCAUCGCGCUGAUCGUCAUCGCGUCCACCUUCUCCAAGACGGAGAGCCUCAACCUCUUCAGCUUACACGCGACGUGCAUGGCCUUGGCCUUCGUGGUGCUAAUGCCGGAGGGAGUCGUGGCCUACAGGAAUCACCUGCUCCUGGACUCGCUGAGCCCGAUCAUGUCCAACGGGACAAAGGCCAAGAAGAGAACGAUUCAUUUGACGCUACAGGUCUUGGCGUCCAUGUUUGCCGCGUUGGGGCUGUUUUUCAUCGCGGGAAACAAGGUGUACCACAGGAACAGCAUCCUGCCGCGAACCUGGCACGGCGUGGUUGGCGCCAUCACUCUGCUGGCCAUGGUGAUGCAAGUCGUGGUGGGGCGGUUGAAGCACAUGAGCUUCACGAGCGGUGUCAUCGACGCCAGAAAUAGGGGCAAGAAGUACCGCUGGCACGGGAAGAUGGGCCUCCUGCUGUAUGACUUGUCGACGGUAUCGGUGGUGCUCGGCCUGUGGACAUUCUUCGGUUUGUCGGUGGUGGCGGUCGUUGUCCCACUGAUGCUGGCGUACGCGUGGCUCAACGUCAACCUCCAGAUGCACGAAACGAAGCACAUCACGGUUCCGGUGUACAGCGAGGGGACGGACGACCCGGCAGGGGAAAAGUUGACCGCACCCGAGACGAAGCAGCUCGAGGAGGAAGGGGUGCCCGAGUCCAAAGGGGAGAGGGAGUACCCCUUGUGAGGCUUCACCCCCGAGAGCGACCAGCGGGUUGGUUGUGGAAAUCGAUCGGCGCCCUGCUGUUUUUCGUCUUUUUUUUUUUCGACGGUGGCGUUGGCGGUGGUGUGUGAGUGUGUGUGUGAAGCGUGUACAAGUAGGAUUAGUCCACAGCAGUGAUAAGCUGGAGUGGUGUGUGUGUUUUCCGUCAACCCCGGUGCUGCUGCCGGGGUUUAGAGUUUCGAGCAGGGGCAGCAGGGGACCGAUGUGGCCUUGGCUGCUGGCGCUGCCUUUUUUCGCGGAGGUUGUUGAACGAGUGUCAGUCAACAAGUACGGCGGGUGGGGUGUCAAACUUCACUUCCGUGCCGUCAAAGUUCUCGAGGGAACGCAAACAACUCGAGACAGUUUUGGC